GCGGUUACGCAGACGCUUGGCGCGUGGCGCCGCCUGUGCUGUCCGCGGCGGCGUGCAGAGAGCAGGCAGUCGGCGACAUGCACCCUGCGGGCCCACAGCCCCGUCCGCGGCUGCUCGGGCCACUGCUAGCUGCCUCGGCGGUGCUGCUGCUCGUCCUCUACUAUUGCCACAGCUCCGCGUGGCGCGACCCGGCGCUGCAGGUGGAGGAGGUAGCGGGGACAGAGGCCGAGGCUGGGGCGCUGGAGGAGCCUCCAGAGGUGACGACGGCGGCCGGCUGGCCAAACAGCACGUGCGGAGAGGGCGCCACGGCACGCGGACCCGGGCAGCGGGUGGUCGCCUUCAGCUACUACGGCGACGUCAACAACACCAGGGGCUACUACACGGGCAUCGAGCGCAACGCGGCAGCCAUCGGGGGCCUGUACCCUGGCUGGACGAUGCGCGUCUAUCACGACGUGCCUCCUGGAGACCGCUUCGCAGCCUCCAGGGAGCUGGACCGGCUCUCCAGGGAGUUCCCGCACUUGGACCUCUGCUACGUGGGGGACGUCCCGGGCUACGGGGACCUCAGAGGUCGGCAGCAGAACGCGUGGCGCUUCCUGGCGAUGGCUGACCCUCUGGUGGACGUGUUCAUCUCCAGGGACCUGGACGCCCUGCCGUUGGAGCGAGAGGUUGGGGCCGUCAGGGAGUGGCUGGAGUCCAACGCGACGUUCCACGUGAUGCGCGACCACACCGGUCACAACGUCCCCAUCCUGGCCGGCAUGUGGGGAGCGCGCCCAGAGCUGAAGAGGGAGGCGCUGAAGGCGCUCGCAGAGGUCAUCACUGGGGAACCCAAGGGCAAGAAGGGCCAGGACCAGUGGCUGCUCGCCAAGCACGUCUGGCCCAACAUCAGAGGUGACGUCUGGCAGCAUGACGCCUUCUACUGCCACAAGUACAGCAGCCACGGCCACAUGAGGGCCUUCCCGACGCCCCGCAACCACACGGUCGUCUACAACUUCGUGGGCAACCGUUUCGGGGUGGACACGCAGCCGCUGGUCAAGGAGUGCCCGCAGCAGUGCCGACCUGCCGACCACCAGGACUGGCUCUACUGCUGAGGUUGCUGGCCCCGCAUCCUGCACGCCCAGGAGCGCCCGGCCCACCGUAAGGAGCCGUUUGCUGGUGGGGGGUCGCCUCUCCAGCCCAGACGCAGCCACUCGAGUCCAAUGGCGUGGCUCCUGUUGAGCUGACGUCCACUGGGGCUUUCCGUCCUCGAGAACGUAGAAUAAUAGACUGUGGUCACAAUGAGCAGUCCUACCUACCUCACUACUACACUCGUUUUGGCAUCCUGUAUACUCCGUCUGUCCCAACUGCUCCAAACCAUUUUGCAUAAAGGAAAUGGAUUGCUAUUCUAUGCCUGCAUUUGAUCCAAGAAUGUCCCAGAAUGGAAAGCCUUUUAUUCCCUUCCAUAUCAACAAAAUCCUUUUCCAAAUUUAUCGAUACAAUAAAUGUGUCGUUGUUUUUCGUAAAUCUGCUCUCUAUUACGAGAGUCUCCUUUUAAUCCUUUACAAUAAAAGUGAAAUAAAAAUUUACGCUUUCCACCAAAAGUAAUGUUUGUUUCUCAAAAUAAAUUCUUCUAAAAUUUGUAAA